UCACCACCUCAGGUUCGUUUAGUCGUGCAGCUUAGUAGCUAUCUUAGAUUGUGCACUGUAGCUCUUUGUCCACAUUUCAGCCUCCAUGUUGCUCCCUGGCCUCGCUGCUUCUUCCUUCAACCAGCAUUUAUUUAGUAUCCUGAACACACGCAAGGAAGGAAUGAGCAGAGUUCGUGAUGAGUAUUAUACUUUCUGUGCAUGCAUUUAGUGUAGCAGGCGGAAGAUAAGCCGGAUCUAAGUUUUGACUGUGAAGGCGAGAAGUGGGAGGAGGAAAGCGCCAUUUGAGGAAUUAAGGACAGGUUCAGUCAAAGGAACCGCUGCAGCUGCCGGUAGGAGGAACGGGAGCGGCCAAAUCCUCAUCCGUGGCUGCUGCAUCUGCUGCUCUUUCUAUGGUGCAGCUCUGAGGACUCGUUAAUGACUCCUUUGUACGACUCCCAAGUAUUCCGACCUCUUCUUUCGUUCAAUAUUUUCCUGUCUCUUUCUAUCUCACUCAAUCUGCUCGAAGAAGACUGACUUGUGGAUGGAAGAGAGAUGGAUAAUGACUCCCACUUUGAGACAUUCCAUUCAAUGCGCUGCAAGUGUUUUUUUUCUCUCCAUAUCUUUUUAUUUCUUUGUUUCUGAAGCAGCUGUUUGGGGAUGAGUUGAGCUCGAAGGGCAAGGAAGCAAGGGUAGCUCGCGCAAGAUUUCCCGAUCACUUUGAAAUGAGCUGUGGGGGCCUGUUCUCGCGUCAAAUGCCUUUCCUCCAACUCCUCCAAGGAGCCAUGCAAGCAGAGGAAGAAAUGGUGGGAAAGGAAGCCCAGCUUCAUUUACAACAGUAUCAGCAACGGAGCUUGUCCACCUCCUACCCACAGGAAACCAACUUCCAGCUCCACCAGAUGCGGACCCAAAGCUUGAAGCAACAGCGGACGACCGAGAUGGACUCAUCCCCCGCGGCGGAGCAACUGGAGAGUUGCAUCACUCACUUAUCUGAAUCGGAGACGAGAACCGUGGUGCACGAGCUCCCAACGAUGGCGGCCACGACGGGUCUCAUCGUGACAUCCGCCGCGGCAACCUGCUCCGGCGAAAGGAAGAAGAGGAUGCGCCGGCGGCCGGCGUCGGCGUCGAAGAGCGCGGAAAAGGAGGAAAGUCAAAGGAUGACUCACAUAGCAGUCGAGCGCAACCGCCGGCGGGUCAUGAACUAUCACCUUGCUACCCUCCGCUCCCUGAUGCCCCAUUCCUUCGUCCAACGCGGCGACCAGGCAUCCAUCGUCGGUGGAGCCAUCGAGUUCGUAAAGGAGCUCGAGCAGCACCUCAUCUCGCUCCGGGCACAGAAGCGGCUCCAAGCAUCGGUGUCCGUUUCAUCGAGGUCCGACGACAACGACAAGUGCAGUGCGCCUGCUCUGCACGACGGUUUCUUCACCUCGUCACAGUACAGCGGUUACUUGGAGUCUCAGGAGGAGGAUGCGACAGCGGUGGACGUGGAAGCGACGUUAGUGCAAGGGCAAGUGAACCUUAAGGUGGCCGCGCAGCGGCGCCGGGGGCAGCUGGUGCGAGCCAUGGCUGCCAUAGAGGAGCUCCGGCUCUCCAUCCUGCACCUCAACAUCACCACCCUCGAACCCCCUUCCAUCCUUUACUCCAUCAACCUCAAGAUGGAGGAAGACUGCAAACUGGGGACAGCGGAUGAGGUUGCGACGGCGGUGCACCAGAUCUUUAGCUACAUCAACACCAGUUAAUGACAUGACACUGGAAUUGUCGGGACGCAUGAGAGAAACAGGGAAAGAGUGGGGAGGGGACGGCUCGAGGGUGGACCCCGGCCACUAUUGCUCAACUGUGCGGAAGAGCGCAGCAGCAGCAGCUUUCUUUCAUCCUUAUACAUGAAGUGAUGGGAACUUGUACUCUUUGGACUGCUUUUUGCCAGCUUUCUUCUCUCUUCGUCUUCAAUUUUCCGAGUUCCAUUCCGGAACGGAUGCUGAACUUUUUCUUGGGUGUCGGAAAUCGUGUUUUUCUUAGAAUCAUGAUUACAGAAGCAGCUGGCCGAGCUUACCAUGCUAUCUUAUCUAAUAACGUGCGUUAUCAUUCAACUA